CACGAAGCUCGUUUUUACUUGGCACUAAACGUAAUGGCGGCUUACAUUGGACAUCAGCGCGCUUUCAAAAAAAAUCGUUAUAUUUCAUCAUCCGAUAUGUUCCAUCCUAUUCAAAUGUAGUCCGAAAAAUACAGAUUCACGGUGAGCAACGUUGCGCGAACAAAAUUCCAGACAGAGGUGGAGAAGAAACGCGUCAGAACUGCGAGGUCUCAGCUGAUUUGACUAGUAGAAAACUUCAUGCUGGUCCGAAGAUUUGUGAUGGCUGUGUCUUAUCGUGUUUUCAUGAGGAACACGGUCACAAAAAAGUUAGAAAAAAUACAUAGUUCGUAAUGUAUCCAUUAUUUUAUACCCGUACAACGAUGGCUGUACGAUCCAGCGUAUUCAAUCAUGGAUGCUACUGUAAAACAUGGUGUGGGCACUAUCGUAGUCUUAACUAUGUCACACCAGUUUGUUCGAGUACGAGAAGUUUCCAAACAUUUUCUAAACCUGUAGAACCGCUGCUAACAAGUUAUCAUCCUAUAAACCAUUUAUACAUGCAAAAUCGAAAUUUUUACGUGUCUCUGACAUGGAACGGGCAUCAGGAGCACUCUUCUAAAGUUGAAGAAACAGUAAAAAACAUCAAGGAGCAAAAGGAGCAAUCGGAAAAAGAUAAGCUCACUACUGGUGCAACAAAUACAGUAGCCGAAUCCCCAACAAAAGCUAUCGCUGUAAAACGAACGAUCUGGCAAAAAGUGAAAGCAGAAAUACAACAUUACUAUCAUGGGUUUCGAUUGUUGGGAUUAGAUAUGAAGAUUUCAGCAAAAUUGAUAUGGCGCAUUCUACGUGGAAAAGACUUGAGCAGAAGAGAGCAUAGGCUGCUCAUUAAAACGACGGGUGAUGUCUUUAGACUCAUACCAUUUUCUGUGUUCAUAAUUGUGCCCUUUAUGGAAUUGUUGCUGCCAGUAGCGAUUAAAUUAUUUCCAGGAUUAUUACCAUCUACUUUUCAAACUGCAACUGAGAAAGAAGAUAAAUUGAAACAGGCACUGAAGGUCAAACUAGAGGUAGCCAAGUUUCUACAAAAAACACUGGAUGAUAUGGCCGUGCAGUCGUCAGAUCGAAACUCAGAAAAAGCUAAGGAAUUCAGUGACUUUUUCUAUAAAAUUAGAUUGGGUGCCGUCGUUUCCAAUGAAGAAAUAAUGAAAUUUAGUAAACAGUUUGAGGAUGAAAUAACACUUGAUUCUUUGUCCCGACCACAGCUGAUAGCGCUAUGUAGGGUAGUGGAUGUACAAACUCUUGGUACCACCAACUUUUUACGCUUUCAGUUGAGAAUGAAGUUGAGAAGUCUUGCUGCUGACGACAGGAUGAUUGACAAAGAAGGAGUCGAAUCCCUGACGAGAGCAGAAUUGCAGCAAGCGUGUCGAGCUCGAGGAAUGAGAGCAUAUGGAAUGCCGGACUCAAGGUUGAGAGAACAGUUAGCGCAAUGGUUGGAUCUGAGUCUUGGUGAAAAGGUACCUCCAACGCUAUUACUUUUGUCACGCGCACUCAUGGUUUCUGACACUAUUCCUACUUCCGACAAACUGAAAGCUACUAUAUCGGCACUACCUGAUACUGUGGUGACCCGUACAAAGGGUGCUAUCAGUGAGAAGGAGGGUAAGGUCGAUCACCGAACGAAUAUCGAAAUUAUCAAAGAAGAAGAGCGUAAGAUCGAAGAAGAAAGGCAAGAGAAAAGAGAGGAGCGGAUUCCUAAACCAUCUAUGAUUGAUCUUACUCUUCAAAACCAAGAUGAAAUCACUACUAAAGAUGUCAAAGUCUUGGAGCAGGCUUUAGACACUCUUGGCAAGGAAAAACAAAUGGCCGUGGAAAAGGAAGAAAUAAAGGAGCUUAAAGAAGAAAUGGCCGAAUAUCAAGAAGAUAUUCAGGAACUGUACAAAAUGAAAGCUCAAGCAAAGGGAGAGGCUGAUAUAGAAGGGUUGAAGGUGUCAAAGGGAGCGAAACGCCUGUUUACUAAGGUGAACAAGAUGAUUGGCAAAAUGGACGCAGUUUUGGCAGAGCUUGAGCAAUCUGAAAAGAAAAUUAAAGAGAAGAUAGAGGGACUUAGUUCAGAGGAGAAAAAAGAUUCGCAUGUGACUGCAGAGCUCGUUAAGAUAGACGAACUAAUCGCAGCUAUAAAACGAAUACAAAGUGUUCCCGAUGAUUCUCGGUUAACCAGAAUUGCAGAAAUUCUUGGAAAGAUUGACGAUGAUCGUGAUGGUGCCAUAAAAAUUGAAGAUGUACUCCGGGUGGUGGAACUGAUCGGGCAAGAAGACGUGAAACUCAGCAAAAAGCAGAUGGAUGAGCUCAUCGAACUAAUGGACAAAGAAGAGGUCCUCGAAAUAGAGGAGCAAAUCCAAAAAGCACUGAAGAAAGUAGGAACAGAAACGAAAGAAGCAACAGAGCCGAUACAUGAAGAUGUACCAAAAAUCGUACCGCCAUCUUCGCAAGCAGAAUCAGUUGAAGGCAAUGCAACUGUUCAAGCAACAGGGACAAAAAUUACAAAUGCGGAAACCAAGACAGACAAUAAAAGCACAUCUUCAAAUGAGAGAAGUGAGCUGUCGCAACAAACGUCGGUUAUGAAACCAGAAAGUAGAGACGUGAGGGAUCCGACCGUAACAACAGUUACAUCGAGCGUUCCGCCUCCUCCAAAAAAAGCAGAAGGUUCUAAACAACUGUGAUUUCAUUUAAAUGAACCCAAUAUAUUAUAAAGUCAUUUAAAUUCGGGGCCCAGACAGUUGAACUGAAACGGAAAAUAAUGCCAGUGUUUCUAAAAACGCGUUUUGGUGUCCGUGAGUCUGGCGCUUCUUCGAGCCAGUGAUAUUCACUAUAUGAUAAUCAACGAAAAAUGAUGAAAUGCAAGGUAGAAGUUGCCGCCGACCUUUAAACACGUGGUAUUACAGAACAAUAGUAGAUUUCCAUGAACAUAAGAUCGUGUAUAUUCCCUCUUCUGUCCUGUUAUUUGUAUGGAAUGGUGACAGUCAUUUUGUAAUUUGUAUAGAUUGUAAAGCAGGAGUCAUCCACGUGUAACUUAUUCGUAAUCCAUAAUUUAAACGAGUAGAGCAUGAGGUAAAUGCAGGCAGGAAUGGCAGGGCGGCAGUGCGGGUGAGGGGAAUAGUAUUACGGUAUUUACUACUCAUUCUCUGAGUGACAAUAUGCAUGCGCUGGCCACAAACAUGUGUCGCUUAUUAAAAUCGUAUGAUUUUUUUAUUACGAAAAUUACGAAAAAAGUUUUGUUAUCUCGUAACGGAGGUAUCAUUCCAUGUUUCCGAAAUUUAGUCAUCACCACUGGAUACCAAGCAAUUGCUUUGUUUAUAAACCAGCUUCAGCGGUUGAGUGAAGGAUUAUAGUUUCAUGUUACAUACGCAAAUUUGCCUGGGGUACAUAUCGCACACAUUAAACGAACGUGCAAGUGCAUAGUGCAAGAUGUACACAUUGUAACCAUAUAAUCCAUGAAGUAAAAUUGUUAUAACUCAUUUCAUAAAUGUACUACCUGCUAUAUUAAAACGAGAGUAAGUCAACAUAUAUAUUUUCGAUAUUUUCAUUCGUACUAUUUGGUCGCAAUUUUAGUGUAAAACAAAGAAUCUUGUACAGCAUCACAGAUAUCUAUGCUGUUUUAUUGAGUGCUUAUUGUCACCAAUGUAUAUUACACACAGGGCAUAUUUCUUGAAGCGAACACUUCAAGAAGUAUUCCCUGUGCAUAUUCAAAUAUAUGGUGAAGACUAAUUGUAAUAUGAAAUUAACAUUUUAUGCUAUGAGCCAAUAAUAAUAAUCUUACUCUCAAGCUUAAGAAACUAGGUAUGUGUAUUAACACAAGCACAAAACCUCAGGUUUGUCUGUGGUACCACAGGUCUGAAUUGCUAGACAUAUUUACUACUUAAGAGAUUGUAUAGGUAAAUAAAUCAUGUCGCUGUACCCGCGUCAUCUGUUCAUAAAUGUAGAAAAUUCCGAGUGGUUCAAGGUGUAUCUAAUUUAAAAAAAAAAACCACCAUUUUAAUAAUUGUAUUUUCAGCAUAUGACAAUGAGGGGCAAAAAAAUAUUGCAACAGUGUCGGGAAAUAAGAGCUCGAAGUUAAUAACUAAACAUUGGAAUCCUAGGCUUCUGUCAAACUGAGUUAAUACAAGUUGUCAAGUGAAACGUGCCCUGUGUAAAGAUCGCGCGAGCGUAUCGAAGCUACUGAAACCAUCGGUACACCCAUGUAUACCUAUAAUCAACCGGAAUACCCGUCACACCGUAAAAUCCUCUGUCUCCGUACUCCGCGCUCUCUCAUUCGCUGAUGAAAAUGUUGCAAUCUGUUCCGUAAAUCCAGGUUUAACUUUGCAAUGGAAGAGUUUCUGUUUAUCUUUCAAUUGCUGCUCAGGCAACGCUUACCUACCAUGAUAAACGCACGUAUUGGCACAAGUGUUUGACCGGAUCUUCAGUCACGCACAAGCGUUUAGCCCGGUCGUACAUGAUUAUCGCACUCCUCUACAUACGUAUGCAUACAUAUCUAUGCGGAUCAAAGUAAAACAAAUUGGCAAUGUGAGGCGAGGCGAGGCGAUACGAUCAUCGCCUAUCAUCGCAUUGUAUUCGACCAAAUAGCGAUCUACGGAUCCACGGGCCGGCGAAUCGGGGGGGGGGGGGGGGGGGGGGCAUCGUCGGCUGCGAUCGGACCGCGUCAGCACGAGAGAAGGGGGGGAGGGGAGAAACCGACGAGGCAGCGAGAAGCGUGAAGAAGGGAGCCAGUUGGGAGAACACGGGAGAAAUAGCUAGAGCCUAGUGGCCGCCAUGUUUUUUACCAACUGGGGUGUGUGAGAGACACGGCCGGGGUGAAAAUCAUCUCUCAGGACAUGCAGUGUCAACAUGGGAAGGAAUCAAUACUUAUCCUUCACUGAGACCUGCCAUCCUUGCAGCAACAGGACGCCCACCACCCACCUAUUUAAAGAAAAUAAUCACCAAUACUAAUAAGCCACAAAUCAAACUCAAAGCAAUAUUGCAACUAACAUAACUAAAAGAAAUAGCCGAACUGACAUAACUUAAGCAAAAUAAUUCAUCGGACACAUGAAAACUUAACACUGAAACGACGGGGUGGUGGUUUUGACAAAGUCAAUAUCCAAAAUCUAAAGGAAAGCAAUCAGAAAUAGA